AUGUCUCGAGAUGAUGAUAGUCAUGGUGUUUUUUAUUGGCCCCAUCUGCAUGGAGGAUCAAUAGAUAGUUCUGCCAAUGGCUUAACUAUAUGCGUCUGUUGUGACAGGAAUGUAGCAUAGUGGAACUGCCCCUGUAGUGAUGAUGUGGGAACUGCCCUUAAUCCAAUGCACUCUCAGGAGUGAUUUUGUGUCUUUUGUUUCAGGCCUAAAUAGCGGUUUAGGGGUAUUUUGGAACUCUGCUCAAAGACAUUGUGUCACUGGAAUGGCAUAUUUAGACUCACAACUUAGUGGAAGCCCAUAAAAUGGUGUUCUAACCCAAGGUCUAACCUAUCUACUGUAACGUUUCCUACUUUGUAACACAAACUUGUGACCAGUGUUGGGUUGUUUGGCACUAGGCCUUACUGCCAUGACCUACUACAGCAGACAAACACUCAGGGUUUCUCAUGAAUGUGUCAUUGGGUACUGUAGCUUCGUGAGGGCAGCCUCAAGUUAACUUCUUAGGGGGUUGAGACAGGGAUUUCCCCUGUUGGCUUUCUGAUCUUUCUGCUCUGACGCUCACUGGGCAUGGUGUCCAGGUGAUUAUUUUACAUCUAGUGUACUCAGCCUAGCCUAGUCCAGCUGACCCAGUAUCAAUAUGGAGAUUAGAAUUGUCUUGGAGGGUUUUUCAUUGAUUUACAUUUUUUGCUCUUUUGGUAACUAAUUCUUCCUCAGAUCGGCUGGCAAGUCAGCGCCACCCUGAUGCAGAACGACGUGAAAUGAACAAACCACUGCAGCCUAUAACCGGACCCACCUCUGUCCCACACCCCUCCCCCUCCCCUGGCCUGACACAGGUGAGAGGCAAUGACAAGACCCAGCUCGCUCUGACAGAUCAGAGUAGCGUUCAUUAGGCAAAAAACGUGAGAAAAUGUUUUGAAACCGGGAGAUGCUACCUGGGUUUUAUUCAUUACACAAAGACCAUAGCAAACAGUUGCAAAAUGUAUUGCAACAAAAACCGGAGUUUCUAUUGGACAAAUUCCGAUAGGUCCCUCCCUGUUUCAUCUAGUUUGCAUCAGUUUGGUUCCGUUUGGUUCUUCAUGAAUACACAGAUUAAACAGUUUACUCCAGAAACCAAACGAAACAAAACGGGGAGGGGCCUAACUGCAUUUCUGCGCUGCAAAAUGUUUACCGUUGCAAAACGUUUUGCAACAGCCUAAAUGUUUUGCUGCAGCCUGUGACUAAUAAAUACACCCCUGAACUUGUCCAAUAAGGAUGAUCAUUUUUGUUUUCCUUUCUGAAGUGUUUUGCUACAUUGUAUCCUACUGAACACAACCCGUCUUUGGCAGCAAGUUAGCCGACUAACGUAGUUGUGUUUCUCUGCCUCCCCUCUCUCCCAGGCUGCCUAUGCCCCUGGACAGCCCCCUUCUCUCAUCUUCGCCACCCCAACACCUCAACAAAUGAACUCCGCACCUCAGCCACGACAGGUACUGCUCUCUACUUCUGCUACUCCAUCUCUCUCCUUCUAUUUUCCGCUCUUUUGCCAACACUCUUUCAAUGUCCAAGCUUCUAUGUACUGCUGAGUGUAAGACCCCUACUUAAAUUCUUAAAGGUCCAAUGCAGCUGUUUUUAUCUAAAUAUCAAAUUAUUUCUGGGUAACAAUUAAGUAUCUUACUGUGAUUGUUUUCAAUUAAAAUGGUCAAAAAGAAAAAAUAAUAGCGUUACUCAAGCAAGAGUUUUGCUAGGACUGUCUGAGUGAGGGGCCUAAUUGGAUGAACCUAAUGGGAGGGAUAUGUAACCUGAAAACUAGCUGUUAUUGGCAAAGAGGUUUGAAACUCAUUAUUAUUGGUCUAUAAAGUUAUACCGCCUGGUGACGUCGCCAGGCAGGCCAAAAGACCAUCCCACCAAAACAGCGUCGCCAGGCAGGCCAAAACACCAUCCCACCAAAACAGGUCGACAUUUCAGCCUGUCUUUUAAAACAGCUCUUACUCUAAAAGUGCAUAUAUAUAUAUAUACAGUGAGCUCCAUAAUUCAUUGGACAGUGACCAUUGUUUUGUUAUUUUGGUUCUGUACUCUAGCACUUUGAGUUUGAAAGGAUACAAUGACAAUGAGCGUGAAGUGCAGACUGUCAGCUUUAAUUUGAGGGUAUUUUCAUACAUAUCGGAUGAACUGUUUAGAAAUGACAGCACCUUUUGUACAUGGUCCCCCCAUUUUAAGGUACUACAAGUAUUUGUUAAAUUGGCUUCACAGAUGUGUGUCGUUAGGCAGGUGUAUUCAUUUGUGUCGUUAGUGAAUGCAGGAGAGCUGUUGAUGAAUAGUAAUGAUUCUAGACUUUGCUAUUGCCUUUGGAGGUUGUUAUUGGGGUGUGACAACAUGAGGAAGACAGCAGUGUCGAUGCAAAUGAAGUUGGCCGUCAUAAGGCUCAGAAAAAAGGCUCAGAAAAAAAAACACUCCUGAGUGGCGCAGUGGUCUAAGGCACUGCAUAGCAGUGCUAACUGUGCCACUAGAGAUCCUGGUUCGAAUCCAGGCUCUGUCACAGCCGGCCGCGACCGGGAGACUCAUGGGCGGCGCACAAUUGGCCAGCGUCGUCCAGGGUAGGGGAGGGAAUGGCCGGCAGGGAUGUAGCUCAGUUGAUAGAGCAUGGCGUUUGCAACGCCAGGGUUGUGGGUUCGAUUCCCACGGGGGGCCAGUAUAAAAAAAUAUGUAUUCACUAACUGUAAGUCGCUCUGGAUAAGAGCGUCUGCUAAAUGACUAAAAUGUAAAUGUAAUGUAAAUGAAAUGAAAAUCAAUCAUUCAGGAACAUUGCAAAAACCCUGGCCAUGCCCAAGUCAACAGUUUUGUUCAUCAUUAACAAGAAAAAAACAACCGGUGAACUCAAUUAUGUCAAAAGACCCGGUAGACAGAGGAAGACCACUGUAGUGGAUGACCGGAGAAUACUCUCUAUGGUGAAGAAAAAACCCCUGAUAACAGCCCAACAGAUCAAAAACACUCUCCUGGAUGCAGGUGUAGAUGUGUCAAAGUCUACCAUACGCAGAAGACUACACCAGCAGGACUACAGAGGGUACACUACAAGAUGCAAACCACUGAUAAGCCUGAAGAACAGAAAGGCGAGAUUACAGUUUGCUAAAAAGCACCUAAAAGAGCCCCAAGAGUUCUGGAAAAAAGUAUUGUGGACAGAUGAGACAAAGAUUAACAUGUACCAGAGUGAUGGAAAGACAAAAGUGUGGAGAAAAAAAAGAAAUGCCCAUGAUCCAAAGCAUACCACCUCAUCCAUGAAACAUGGUGGAGGGGGUGUUAUGGCUUGGGCCUGUAUGGCUGCCAGUGGAACAGGCUCACUUGUCUUCAUCGAUGAUGUGACUGCAGACAGAAGUAGAACAAUGAAUUCUGAAGUCUACAGAAAUAUUUUAUCUGCUCAGAUAAAACCAAAUGCCUCCAAACUCAUUGGACGGCACUUAAUCAUGCAACAAGACAAUGACCCUAAACAUACUGCUAGAGCAAAAAGGGGUUUUUGAUGGCCAAAAAGUGGAAAAUCCUUGACUGGCCGAGUCAAUCACCAGAUCUGAAUCCAAUUGAACAUGCAUUUUACAUGCUGAAGAGGAGACUUAAGGCAAUAAGUCCCCGAAACAAGCAGGAACUGAAGAUGGCUGCAGUACAGGCCUGGCAGAGCAUCACCAGGGAAGAUACCCAGCGUCUGGUGAUGGCGAUGCAUCGCAGACUUCAAGCAGUCAUUGCAUGCAAAGGAUAUGCGACCAAAUAUUAACAAUGAUUACUUUAUUCUACAUUAUGUUAAACUGUCCAAUGUUUUUUGAUGCCCGAAAAUGGGGGGGACCAUGUACAAAAGCUUCUAUAAUUCGUAAACAGUUCAUCCGAUAUGUAUGAAAAUACCCUCAAAUUAAAGCUGACAGUCUGCACUUCACCCGCAUUGUCAUUGUAUCCUUUCAAACUCAAAGUGCUAGAGUACAGAACCAAAAUAACAAAAGAAUGGUCACUGUCCAGUGAAUUAUGGAGCUCACUGUAUAUAUAUACAGUGGGGGAAAAAAGUAUUUAGUCAGCCACCAAUUGUGCAAGUUCUCCCACUUAAAAAGAUGAGAGAGGCCUGUAAUUUUCAUCAUUGGUACACGUCAACUAUGACAGACAAAAUGAGAAAAAAAAAUCCAGAAAAUCACAUUGUAGGAUUUGUAAUGAAUUUAUUUGCAAGUUAUGGUGGAAAAUAAGUAUUUGGUCAAUAACAAAAGUUUCUCAAUACUUUGUUAUAUACCCUUUGUUGGCAAUGACACAGGUCAAACGUUUUCUGUAAGUCUUCACAAGGUCUUCACACACUGUUGCUGGUAUUUUGGCCCAUUCCUCCAUGCAGAUCUCCUCUAGAGCAGUGAUGUUUUGGGGCUGUCGCUGGGCAACACAGACUUUCAACUCCCUCCAAAGAUUUUCUAUGGGGUUGAGAUCUGGAGACUGGCUAGGCCACUCCAGGUCCUUGAAAUGCUUCUUACGAAGCCACUCCUUCGUUGCCCGGGUGGUGUGUUUGGGAUCAUUGUCAUGCUGAAAGACCCAGCCACGUUUCAUCUUCAAUGCCCUUGCUGAUGGAAGGAGAUUUUCACUCAAAAUCUCACGAUACAUGGCCCCAUUCAUUCUUUCCUUUACACGGACCAGUCGUCCUGGUCCCUUUGCAGAAAAACAGCCCCAAAGCAUGAUGUUUCCACCCCCAUGCUUCACAGUAGGUAUGGUGUUCUUUGGAUGCAACUCAGCAUUCUUUGUCCUCCAAACACGACGAGUUGAGUUUUAGUUUAUUUGGUUCUAUUUUGGUUUCAUCUGACCAUAUGACAUUCUCCCAAUCCUCUUCUGGAUCAUCCAAAUGCACUCUAGCAAACUUCAGACGAGCCUGGACAUGUACUGGCUUAAGCAGGGGGACACGUCUGACACUGCAGGAUUUGAGUCCCUGGCGGCGUAGUGUGUUACUGAUGGUAGGCUUUGUUACUUUGGUCCCAGCUCUCUGCAGGUCAUUCACUAGGUCCCCCCGUGUGGUUCUGGGAUUUUUGCUCACCGUUCUUGUGAUCAUUUUGACACCACGGGGUGAGAUCUUGCGUGGAGCCCCAGAUCGAGGGAGAUUAUCAGUGGUCUUGUAUGUCUUCCAUUUCCUAAUAAUUGCUCCCACAGUUGAUUUCUUCAAACCAAGCUGCUUACCUAUUGCAGAUUCAGUCUUCCCAGCCUGGUGCAGGUCUACAAUUUUGUUUCUGGUGUCCUUUGACAGCUCUUUGGUCUUGGCCAUAGUAGAGUUUGGAGUGUGACUGUUUGAGGUUGUGGAUAGGUGUCGUUUAUACUGAUAACAAGUUCAAACAGGUGCCAUUAAUACAGGUAACGAGUGGAGGACAGAGUAGCCUCUUAAAGAAGAAGUUAGAGGUCUGUGAGAGCCAGAAAUCUUGCUUGUUUGUAGGUGACCAAAUACUUAUUUUCCACCAUAAUUUGCAAAUAAAUUCAUUAAAAAUCCUACAAUGUGAUUUUCUGGAUUUUUUUUCUCAAUUUGUCUGUCAUAGUUGACGUGUACCUAUGAUGAAAAUUACAGGCCUCUCUCAUCUUUUUAAGUGGGAGAACUUGCACAAUUGGUGGCUGACUAAAUACUUUUUUACCCCACUGUAUAUAUUACCACCAGUCAAAAGUUUGGACACACCUACUCAUUCAAGGGUUUUUAUUUAUUUAUACAAUUUUCUUUACAUUGUAAAAUAAUAGUGAAGACAUAAACUAUGAAAUAACACAUGGAAUCAUGUAGUAACCAAAAAAGUGUUAAACAAAUCAAAAUAUAUUUUAUAUUUGAGAUUCUUCAAAUAGCCACCCUUUGCCUUGAUGACAGCUUUGCGCACUCUUGGCAUUCUCUCAACCAGCUUCAUGAGGUUGUCACCUGGAAUGCAUUUCAAUUAACAGGUGUGCCUUCUUAAAAGUUAAUUUGUGGAAUUUCUUUCCUUCUUAAUGCGUUUGAGCCAAUCAGAUGUGUUGUGACAAGGUGGGGGGGGGGGGGGUAUACAGAAGAUAGCCCUAUUUGGUAAAAUACCAAGUCCCUAUUAUGGCAAGAACAGCUCAAAUAAGCAAAUAGAAAAGACAGUCCAUCAUUACUUUAAGACAUGAAGGUCAGUCAAUACAGAACAUUUCAAGAGCUUUGAACGUUUCUUCAAGUGCAGUCGCAAAAACCAUCAAGCGCUAUGAUGAUAAUGGCUCUCAUGAGGACUGCCACAGGAAAGGAAGACCCUGAGUUACCUCUGCUGGAGAGGAUAAGUUCAUUAGAGUUACCAGCCUCAGAUUGCAGCCCAAAUAAAUGCUUCACAGAGUUCAAGUAACAGACACAUCUCAACAUCAACUGUUCAGAGGAGACUGCGUGAAUCAGGCCUUCAUGGUCGAAUUGCAGUAAAGAAACCACUACUAAAGGACACCAAUAAGAAGAAGAGACUUUCUUGGGCCAAGAAACACGUGCAAUGGACAUUAGACCGGUGGAAAUCUGUCCUUUGGUCUGAUGAGUCCAAAUUUGAGGAUUUUGGUUACAACCGCUGUGUCUUUGUGAGAAGCGGAGUAGGUGAACGGAUGAUCUCCGCAUGUGUGGUUCCCACCGUGAAGCAUGGAGGAGGAGGUGUGAUGGUGUGGGGGUGCUUUUCUGGUGACACUGUCAGUGAGUUAUUUAGAAUUCAAGGCACACUUAACCAGCAUGGCUACCACAGCAUUGUGCAGUGAUACGCUAUCCAUCUGGUUUGCGCUUAUUAGGACUAUCAUUUGUUUUUCAACAGGACAAUGACUCAACACACCUCCAUGCUGUGUAAGGGCUAUUUAACCAAGAAGGAGAGUGAUGGAGUGCUGCAUCAGAUGACCUGGCCUCCAUAAUCACCCGACCUCAACCCAAUUGAAAUGGUUUGGGAUGAGUCGGACCGCAGAGUGAAGGAAAAGCAGCCAACAAGUGCUCAGCUUAUGUGGGAACUCCUUCAAGACUGUUGGAAACGCAUUCCAGGUGAAUCUGGUUGAGAGAAUGCCAAGAGUGUGCAAAGCUCUUAUCAAGGCAAAGGGUGGUUACUUUGAAGAAUCUCAAAUAUAAAAUAUAUUUAGAUUUGUUUAACACAUUUUUGGUUACUAUAUGAUUCCAUAUGUGUUAUUUCAUAGUUUUGAUGUCUUCCCUAUUAUUCUACAAUGUAGAAAAUAGUAAAAAAUAAAUAAAAAACUUGAAUGAAGUAGGUGUGUCCAAACGUUUGACUGGUACUGUAUAUAUAAAUAAAAUAAAAACACAAAUCAUGUUUUUGGCCGCACUGGGCCUUUUAACUCCAACUCUUGCUCAACUGUAACAUUUUCGUCCAACCUGUGUGUAACAGUCUUUCUGCUUAACCGCUUUGGUUUAACGUGUGUGUGUUUAAGUCCCUCUCCCCUCUCUCUGGCUACCAACCUUGACCUCUUGCUGUCUUUUUCUGUCCUCCCUUCCAGUUUGCCACCGGGCCCCGUGCUUUACACCAACAGGUACUAACUCCCCUUACCUUCCCCAAAAUGGCUUCCAUCUCAAUAGGACAGUAGACAGUAGUGCAUGAAUGCACAUUUUACUUUAGAGAAGGAUGAGGCUAAAGAACCAUUCUAGUUCUGACCAGCUCCAGCUGUAACUACACCCAAAACCACCUGAUUUGAAUGAAAUAUAUAAAAAAAAUGGAUCUAUUUAAGACCAUGAGUAGUAGUUGUGUGCUGUGCUAGAAUCUGUCCCUCAGCCUUUUGUGGAUCUCCGGGACCAGGGGUUUCCACAGUGAAGACGUUCAGGCUGGUAACCCCAUAGGCUACCCAUGAUAACACCUGAUAUGACACCACCCGCAGUAGGGCAGUUCAGUAAAGGUACUAGGCACCGCAGCAGCAUGGUCUGCCGGUUUUACAUUUCACCUGUACAUGUUUAAAUUGGUUACCCCAAUCAAGCAAAGUGCUGGCCAAACCACUGGCUAGGCCUGCAAUCAGAGGCUUGGAUGAAACUAGAAGACAUAUGCUAGUCCCUUGUGAAUUUAAGGCUGUUACCCCAUCUCCAGCUUUAUAUUUCUGUGAUGUCUUCAUAUUUUCUGAUGGUCAGCUGCAUGUGAAAGACUUAUGUUUUGCACUGCUAACUGUAAUGUCUGAGUGAUUUACUGCUGCUUCUUAUAUUCUCUCUCACAUUCCUUCUGCUCUCUUUUUUAAUUACCGUACUCUCUUAUCUUCUUCCUAUUUUUCUCUUGCCCUUCUGUCACACCCCCCGUUCUCUGCUCGUGUGUUGUCCGGCUGAAGGGUGGAUACAGGGCACUGCAGGUAACAGCUUCUCUCUUCCUUCUCAUCCUCUUUCCGUCUAACCUAACCGUAGUUCCACCUGAGUCUAUAGAACCUGAGGGUUGAAUGCUACGAGAACCGUAUCAACUAUGAAGUGUCCAGUUGCCUACCACACAGGCUUGUAAAUCCCUCAGUAAAAACCCCUGGCAGUCAUCGUGUGUUCAGCUCUGUGGAGUAUCAACCUACCUCAACCAUCUGAUAUUUUAGCCAUGCAGCACGCACACACACACACACAUACACAAAUAUACUGUAUAUAUUCUGACAGUUUCUGUCCCUCCCCCCUUCUCUAGCCUUACUAUGCCAACAGGCCCAUCAGUGCCCCCCGGGUCCAGACCAGCAGCGGGCCUCGUCCGGUGGGUCCCACCCACAUCUACCAGCCCGGCUCCCAGAUGAUGAUGAUCCCUGGGCAGCAGCUGUCCUUUGCUGGAUCCCCUCAGGGCUACUUCAUCCCCCCUGGACAGGUACCACAACUGGUCAUCAUCAUGUUAUGUUUCUGAAAAACCUGGGAAUUUCUGGAAAGUUUUUAAAAAAAAAUUUGCAACCCUAAUUGUAUAACACCGCUCAUGCAGUAUUCCAGCCCAAAAAGUCUAAAGUCAAGAGUAGUUACAUACUAUUGUAGCUAUACCUAAACAUAGCAAAUGGGAAGCUUGAUCCCUUUAGGACAGGUACAGUGAGGGAAAAAAGUAAUUGAUCCCCUGCUGAUUUUUGCCCACUGACAAACAAAUGAUCAGUCUAUAAUUUUAAUGGUAGGUUUAUUUUAACAGUGAGAGACAGAAUAACAACAAAAAAAUCCAGUAAAACGCAUGUCAAAAAUUUUAUAAAUUGAUUUGCAUUUUAAUGAGGGAAAUAAGUAUUUGACCCCCUCUCAAUCAGAAAGAUUUCUGGCUCCCAGGUGUCUUUUAUACAGGUAACGAGCUGAGAUUAGGAGCACACUCUUAAAGGGAGUGCUCCUAAUCUCAGCUUGUUACCUGUAUAAAAGACACCUGUCCACAGAAGCAAUCAAUCAAUCAGAUUCCAAACUCCCCACCAUGGCCAAGACCAAAGAGCUCUCCAAGGAUGUCAGGGACAAGAUUGUAGACCUACACAAGGCUGGAAUGGGCUACAAGACCAUCGCCAAGCAGCUUGGUGAGAAGGUGACAACAGUUGGUGCGAUUAUUCGCAAAUGGAAGAAACACAAAAUAACUGUCAAUCUCCCUCGGCCUGGGGCUCCAUGCAAGAUCUCACCUCGUGGAGUUGCAAUGAUCAUGAGAACGGUGAGGAAUCAGCCCAGAACUACACGGGAGGAUCUUGUCAAUGAUCUCAAGGCAGCUGGGACCAUAGUCACCAAGAAAACAAUUGGUAACACACUACGCCGGGAAGGACUGAAAUCCUGCAGCGCACGCAAGGUCCCCCUGCUCAAGAAAGCACAUAUACAGGCCCGUCUGAAGUUUGCCAAUGAACAUCUGCAUGAUUCAGAGGAGAAUUGGGUGAAAGUGUUGUGGUCAGAUGAGACCAAAAUCGAGCUCUUUGGCAUCAACUCAACUCGCCGUGUUUGGAGGAGGAGGAAUGCUGCCUAUGACCCCAAGAACACCAUCCCCACCGUCAAACAUGGAGGUGGAAACAUUAUGCUUUGGGGGUGUUUUUCUGCUAAGGGGACAGGACAACUUCACCGCAUCAAAGGGACGAUGGACGGGGCCAUAUACUGUCAAAUCUUGGUUGAGAACCUCCUUCCCUCAGCCAGGGCAUUGAAAAUGGGUCGUGGAUGGGUAUUCCAGCAUGACAAUGACCCAAAACACACGGCCAAGGCAACAAAGGAGGUGCUCAAGAAGAAGCACAUUAAGGUCCUGGAGUGGCCUAGCCAGUCUCCAGACCUUAAUCCCAUAGAAAAUCUGUGGAUGGAGCUGAAGGUUCGAGUUGCCAAACGUCAGGCUCGAAACCUUAAUGACUUGGAGAAGAUUUGCAAAGAGGAGUGGGACAAAAUCCCUCCUGAGUUGUGUGCAAACCUGGUGGCCAACUACAAGAAACGUCUGACCUCUGUGAUUGCCAACAAGGGUUUUGCCACCAAGUACUAAGUCAUGUUUUGCAGAGGGGUCAAAUACUUAUUUCCCUCAUUAAAAUGUUUUUGACAUGUGUUUUUCUGGAUGUUUUUGUUGUUAUUCUGUCUCUCACUGUUCAAAUAAACCUACCAUUAAAAUUAUAGACUGAUCAUGUCUUUCUCAGUGGGCAAACGUACAAAAUCAGCAGGGGAUCAAAUACUUUUUUCCUUCAAUGUAACUCACUGUCCUAAACAUUAACACAGUUCUAAGUGUCCUCUCUGCCCCCCUCUCUCUCUGUAGUACCGGACUCCCUACAUGCCACCCAGUCCACAGUACCCUGUGACAAGUGGGACAGCAGGCUUCUACCCAGGAACCAGCCCGGCUGAAUACCCCACCUAUGGUAAGAGGCUCCCCUCUGGGCCGGACCCCACCUGCCAAGCACAACCACCAUGACCACAACCACAAUCUUGAUUAGAACCACAGGCAUGACUAGAUCAGCAGCUUCAACCUAGUAUUGAACCGCAAUGACCGCUAGAACCACAACCAUGGCUAGACUAUAUCAAACCACAACCUUACCCAGGACCAUAACUGUAAAUACAACCAAAACCACAUCCAUGAUAAGAACUGGGGCCACAUGCACCCAGAGAUAUCUUCAGUCAGUUGAUCUUACAGUCGGUGGAUCUUGCAGUCGGUGGAUCUUGCAGUCGGUGGAUCUUGCAGUCGGUGGAUCUUGCAGUCGGUGGAUCUUGCAGUCGGUGGAUCUUGCAGUCGGUGGAUCUUGCAGUCGGUGGAUCUUGCAGUUGGUGGAUCUUGCAGUCGGUGGAUCUUAGAGUUGAUCAGUCAGUCAAUUGAUCUUACAGUCGGUUGGUUAGUUGCUCUUACGGUUCCUCUUACGGUUGAUCUUAGUUGGUCAGUCAGUUGAUCAAAUCAAAUGUUAUUGUCGCGUACACAUAUUUUGCAGUUAUCGCAGGUGCAGCGAAAUGCUUAUGUUUCUAGCUCCAACAGUGCAGUAAUACCUAACAAUACACACAAAUCCCCCUCCCCUCCAAAAAAAAGACAUUAAGUAAAAACUAGCAAUGUCAGAGUCCUGUGUGUGUGUGUAUAUAUAUAGUGUAUUCGGAAAGUAUUCAGACCCCUUGACUUUUUACACAUUUUGGUAUGUUACAGCCUUAUUCUAAAAUUGAUUAAAUUGUUAUUUUCCUCAUCAAUCUACCCACAAUACCCCAUAAUGACAAAGCAAAAACAGGUUUUUAGAAAUGUUUGCAAAUGUAUUACUAGUAAAGAACGGAAAUAUCACAUUUACAUAAGUAUUCAGACCCUUUCCUCAGUACUUUGUUAUAGCACCUUUGGCAGCGAUUACAUGCUUGAAUCUUCUUGGGUAUGACGCUACAAGCUUGGCACACCUGUAUUUGGGGAGUUUCUCCCAUUCGUUUCUGCAGAUCCUCUCAAGCUCUGUCAGGUUGGAUGGGGAGUUUCACUGCACAGCUAUUUUCAGGUUUCUCCAGAGAUGUUUGAUCGGGUUCAAGUCCGGGCUCUGGCUGGGCCACUCAAGGACAUUCAGAGACUUGUCCCGAAGCCACUCCUGCGUUGUCUUGGCUGUGUGCUUAGGGUUGUUGUCCUGUUGGAAGGUGAACCUUCGCCCCAAUUGAGGUCCUGAGCGCUCUGGAGCAAGUUUUCAUCAAGGAUUUCUCUGUACUUUGCUCCUUUCAUCUUUCCCAGUCCCUGCCGCUGAAAAACAUUCUCACAGCAUGAUACUGCCACCACCAUGCUUCACCGGGAUGGUGCCAGGUUUCCUCCAGACGUGACGAUUGGCAUUCCGGCCAAAGAGUUCAAUCUUGGUUUCAUCAGACCAGAGAAUCUUGUUUCUCAUGGUCUGAGAGUCCUUUAGGUGCCUUUUGGCAAACCCCAAGCGGGCUGUCAUGUGCCUUUUACUGAGGAGUGGCUUCCGUCUGGCCACUCUACCAUAAAGGCCUGAUUGGUGGAGUGCUGCAGAGAUGGUUGACCUUCUGUAAGGUUCUCCCAUCUCCACAGAGGAACUCUGGAGCUCUGUCAGUGACCAUCUGGUUCUUGGUCACCUCCCUGACCAAGGCCCAUCUCCCCUGAUUGCUCAGUUUGGCAGGGCUGCCAGCUCUAGGAAGAGUCUUGGUGGUUCCAAACUUCUUCCGUUUUAAGAAUGAUGGAGGUCCCUGUGUUCUUGGGGACCUUCAAUGCUGCAGAAAUGUUUUGGUACCCUUCCCCAGAUCUGUGCCUCAACACAAUCCUGUCUUGGAGCUCUACGGACAAUUCCUUCAACCUCAUGGCUUGGUUUUUGCUCUGACAUGCACUGUCAACUGUGGGACCUUAUAUAGACAGGUGUGUGCCUUUCCAAAUCAUGUCCAAUCAAUUUAAUUGAUCACAGUUGGACUCCAAGUUGUAGAAGCAUCUCAAGGAUGAUCAAUGGAAACAGGAUGCACCUGAGCUCAAUUUCGAUUCUCAUAGCAAAGGAUCUGAAACAGGAUGCACCUGAGCUCAAUUUCGAUUCCUAUAGCAAAGGGUCUGAAUGUAAAUAAAAUAUUUCUGUUUAUUUUUAAUACAUUUGCAAACAUUUCUAAAAACCUGUUUUCGAUUUGUCAUUAUGGAGUAUUGUGUGUAGGUAGAUUGAUGCGUAAAUACAUUUUAUUUAAUCCAUUUUAGAAUAAGGCUGUAACGUAACAAUGUGGAAAAAUGGAAGGGGUCUGAAUACUUUCCGAAUGCACUGUAUAAUGGUGUGUAUGGACAGUAUAUGAAUAGAAAAGGUGUGUACAGCAGUAGUUAUAUAGGAUGAGCCUUGACUAGAAUACAGUAUACUUAUGAAGUGGGUAAAACACUAUGUAAACAUUAUUAAAGUGACCGGUGUUCAGUGAGUAUGUACAUAGUGCAGCAGUCUCUAAGGUGCAGGGUUGAGUACCAGGUGGUAACCAGCUCUUACAGUUGGUCGAUCAGUUAAUAAUAAAUGCAAUUUAGCAGACUCUUUUAUCCAAAGCGACUUAGUCAUGCGUGGCUAUAUUUUACGUAUGGGUGGUCCCGGGAAUCGAACCCACUUCCCUGGCGUUACAAACGCCAUGCUCUACCAACUGAGCUACAAAGGACCACUAGUUGAUCUUACAAUUGCUCUUGUAGUUGCACUUGUAGUUGAUCUUACGGUUGGCCAGUCAGUUGAUCUUACGGUUGGCCAGUCAGUUGAUCUUACGGUUGGCCAGUCAGUUGAUCUUACGGUUGGCCAGUCAGUUGAUCUUACAGUUGAUUCAUUGCUGUGUGGCCUUGCUGGUUGUGUGUGGUGGUUUGGCCUGGCAGUGUGUGUGUGUAUGGUGGUCUCUGUUCUCUCUUUAGGAUCCAAGGCUAUAUGUAUGUAUGAAUGGGUUAUGGCUUUGGUUCAGUCUAUCAUUCUUCUCACCUGCUGCUUCUUACUGCCUUAACACCCUGCUUACCUCUGGUUCCCUUCUCCUUCACUCACUCUGCAUUGGUCUCUUCCUGUCCUCCCCCUUUCAUAUUCCUUCCCUAUCUCCCUCUCCUCCCCCUGUCAUGUUGUGUUCAGAGCCCUCUCUGGCUGCGAGGGAGAGGAGAGGGGGCGGGCGAGAGAACGGGCGUCUCUCUCUCCACGGUGCUCCUCUCACCUCCCAGCGCUACCCCGGUGAGUAAGUGUGUGUGUAUUUGCGUGUGUGUGAGUAAGUGUGUGUGUAUUUGCGUGUGUGUGUGUACGCAUGUGUGUGUUGCUCAGUAUGUGCUGGGCUGCAUCUUUGUCUGCCCAGCACAUAGUAGGUGUUUUUGUUUGGUUUGUAGAGGUUCUUUCCCCUUGUGUUUUGUUGCGGAUGCAUGUGGUUAUUUUAGCGUGUGGUUAUUUCAAUGCGUGUUUAGUCUGUAUGGUAUGUCUGUGGCUCUUUCAGGGUAUGAAUGUCUGUGGCUCUUUUAGGGUAUGAAUGUCUGUGGCUCUUUUAGGGUAUGAAUGUCUGUGGCUCUUUUAGGGUGUGAAUGUCUGUGGCUCUUUUAUGGUGUGAAUGUCUGUGGCUCUUUUCUUUAGGCUGUGAAUGUCUGUGGCUCUUUUUUUUAGGCUGUGAAUGUCUGUGGCUCUUUUUUUUUUAGGCUGUGAAUGUCUGUGGCUCUUUUUUUUAGGCUGUGAAUGUCUGUGGCUCUUUUUUUAGGGUGUGUAGCGUUCCAUGCGGUGUGUUUUACUUCCCUCCCUUUCUCCCUCCCCCCUCCCCUCUACAGCAGGUGCCUACUACCCGGCCCAGCCCCAGUACAGCCACACACCCCCUGUCCAGACCGCGCCCGUCAUGAUAAGCCCCGCCCAGCCCCAGCAGCAGGCCCUGCCCCCUCAGCCGACGCCGACCCAACCACCUGCACCCAAGAGGGAGCGUGUAACGGUACUGCAUUUCCACUGAGACUAUACCCCGGUGUUUGGCCUAAACACUCAGACUUUUGAGUUUCCACUAGGGAUGUUAGCCGCCGAAAAUACAUUUGACCGGUCAUGCUUAUCGGGCAAUUUGCAUAAUUUAGCGGAAUUAAAUUGGCGAGUGUGUAUUUUCGUUAGUAGUCAUGCAUGUUAUUUAUCACAUGCGCACAGCAUACAGAGCCUAGUUUGAGGAGUGGAAUAUCCUAUCACCUGUCAGACAGUGCGAGAGUAGCUCCUCACUGGAGUGAAAUGUGCUUUUGUAAGCCCAGUCAUUGCGCAACAAAUUCUAAAUGCAAUCGCGUGUUAAACUUUGAUGGCCACUAUUUAAAUGGAGCUAUUUUUAUUUGUCAAUCAACUCGUAAAUUAAAGGGCGCUUCCCAUUCGCCAUUCGAGUGCAUAGGCUAUAGUCAACGGUAUGCAGGCUAUCAGCGCGUCACCCACCUCUUUGCAAUGUGAGCUUGAGGCAGUAAUUGUCUGAAAGCUGAACGUUUUACUUUACUUCAAAUAAUGAGGCAUGUCUUACCUUGCUUCAAAGUAGCCUUGCGAAAAUCCAUCCAUAGAAACGUGGAGACAAUUAUUUUAUAAAGAGUUCCUGAUGCCAUUAACCAGCUUUUGUCUCCUGUUCUAUUUGUUUUCAUAUCAACUUUCUUUCAUUGUCCAGAAGCCGAAGGCACAAUCCUAGUUAUAUUAGCAACCCAUCCUAGUUGUUGUUAUAGAUUCCCCCUCUUUCUAAGUUUCUAACUGAUAAUCUCUGUCACAUAUGGAACCGCUCGCAUUAGGUGCGCUGUUUAGACUGGUGUUUUCCAGAGAAUUUGCAUUUUGGCUGUAGCCUUUUGACUGUAAAACGAUAGGCUUGCUAUCAUUGCAUGUUUCCAUUAAGCGCUUCAUGAAAAAUGUCUGGUCCUUGUAUGCAUGCAUAGUAUCAGAGAGGAAGAACAGAAGCGAGACCUCUCGCCAAAAUCAGUCUAAAACAAGCCCAAUGCGUUUCUAUGUCGCCUGCCUUCCAGCCUUGGGACGACUACCAUUAUUAGAGCAGAUCUCUGAUAGUAUUUUACUGUUUGGAAGUCAUUUAACCGUUUGUUAAACGGUUAAUGAGGGUCAGUUAGUCGGCAUCCUUAGUUUCCACUAAGUAUAUUAUUUGCGCAUUUCCACUGAGGAUUUACCCCAAUGUUUUACCCAAAAUGCUCAGACUUUUCUGUCUCCGUCUACGCGGACUAUCACCCGUGUCUCACUGGGCCAUGGCUCCGGUGGACCUGCUCUAGUUUGGAAGCAAGGCCCUGGGUACUUUUCAGCUGGCAUUUACUAGAGCCUGACCGAUAUGGGAUUUCUGGGUCCGAUACCGAUUUUUAGGGAGGCAACAGUCACCGUUUACCGGUAUAUUUGCAUAAGUAUGUAUUUUUUUCAGAAGUUCUGCUCCAAAGGAUUAACAGAUACUCUGAUUUCUUAACUAAAUAAUUUUAGAACAUUUUAUUUGUGGUUUACAUGAUAUCCACCAAAAAGCAACGAUAUAUCCUCUAAAUCAGAAAGUAAAUACAAAACACUUGUUCAGUUUACCUUCUUAGGUACAACUUAAAGAUGUAGAUAAAGGUGAAAGAAACGCACACCUAUUUAGGCGAGGUGCUGGCUGACGGCGUAAAACACUUCAAAAAGAAAAGGAAAGCCGCACACUCUAGGAGCUCAGAUGCAAUAAUUUAAUAUCUUAAUAACCAACGUUUCGACAGACAAGCUGUCUUCAUCAGGGUAUAAUGACAAACACUGCGGGUCACUGGUUUAUAUAGUGUCAAAGGACACACGCAGGUGUCUGUAAUCAUGGCCGGGUGUGGCCUAAUAGCAUUGGCCAAUUCACAGAUAAAAACAACAUACAAAAAACAUGGAUAGCAUAUGAUCAUAGAUACAUAGCUACAUAGGCCCACAACAUUUACAAUGAAUAGCUAAAUCACAAGAAUGGCUUCAAAUCAAAGUCUACGUUGAGACCGAAGGGAGCAAGGGUCUUUAAAUUAAGGAUCCAGGCAGCCUCUCGUUUUAACAAUAAGUUGUCGAGGUCACCCCCUCUCCUAGGGAGGGUGACAUGUUCGAUGCCGAUAUAACGUAGGGAAGAAAUCGAGUGGUUCGAUUCCAAAAAGUGGGCAGCGACUGGGUAUGUCGAGUUUUGGCACCUAAUGGUGCUACGAUGCUCCGAGAUUCGUACUUUUAAUUCGCGCUUUGUUUUACCCACAUAAUUUUUACCACAAGGACAAGUUAUAAGAUAAAUAACUGCCUUAGUGGAACACGUAAUAACACCUUUGAUUGGGAUCUGUUUCCCUGUUUGGGGGUGUUUGAAGGAUCUACAUUUGUAAGUGCCAUUGCAUUGAGCACAGCCGUUACACUUGUAGUUUCCAUCCGGUAGAGGCGCAAAUAGACGAUGCAAUCUGACUGACAAUCUAUUGGCUAUAUAUUUCAGCUGCAAAUGGCAUGCGCUGAUGACUGAAUGUUAAUGCAGGAAAAAGCUUGCCGCACUGGUUUUAGCCACACACGUUCUAAUUUAGCUAGCUAACAAUCUUAUCUCAUCUCAUCAUGAGUGUAAGCAUAUGGCCUGAAUGAUAGAUCUGUACCAACUAAGUAAACCACUAACAUAAUAGGCCAGACAGUAAGUGUUCUUUUUGUAUCAAGGAUGAGUCUGUGUUCACUUUGGCUCCAAUCCAGUGUUUGCGCAUAAACAGCACAGAUUGCUUGCUUUGCUAGCUAGGCUAAGUAACUUGUUGGCUAGAUGGAGCCUAACUACAUUGCUGGUUAGCUAGCCAGCUAGCCAGCUAACGUUAAUCAAGUGAGCAUGUGAUGACAGGGCUACUUGUUUGGUGAAGUGUACUUGUGAUUAUUUACUUAUUCAAAUACGCUGUUGACUUAUGGGCUGAAUGAUGUUCAAUGAGCAGUUUGUAGAGCGCCCUCUUCAGGCAACCAUUGAAAAUUCCAAAAAUGACCGCAAAUGAGCACACGUAUUUGUUAAUUCUAUGUAUAUAAUAUUGGCGCGUUAUUGGUGGAAUAAAGACAGAUACAAAUGUUUCUGUGAAAGGUUCAUAUCGGCCGAUUUAAUGUCUUAAGUUUAACACUACUUACGGAAACACAAUAACACUAGAGCUUACAUUUCACAUAAAACACUGGAGGCCCACUGGUGUGGGGAUAAAUCUCAAUGAGAAAGCACCAUAUGAGCCAAAAAAUACCUACACUGACAUGGGCUCAGACUGGGCCAGUGUAGGACUAGUUUAGACGGUAGGAGGGGUGACGGGAGAAGAGAAUGGGACUUUAUUUAGGCCUAUUUAACCAGUGUCAUCGGUGCAAAACGUUUUGCAACGGGAAAUGAAAACUAGCAUUUCAUGCAUAUUGAAAGUUCAGUCCCUCCCAGUUUCGGUCAGUUUUCUUCUGUUUGGCGCCUAGUGAAUAAGACCCAUGCUAGUCAGUUAAUAGCACAUUUAUAUUUGCAAUGACCGCUUGGGGCGAUGUGAUUGUCUUAAUACUAUAAAGUAAUUUUUAGAACUACAGUAUAGACUGUUUAACCUCAUCCUGCCCCCCCUUCUCACCCCUCCUAGAUCAGAAUACGAGACCCCAACCAGGGGGGCCGUGACAUCACAGAGGAGAUAAUGUCCGGGGGAAGGGCUUCUUCCACCCCCCCACAGGUACGUAUCACAACCCACUGGGGCCUGUUCAGGAGCAUGUAACGUUACAGAAUGCACAGAUAGGAACAUUGUUGUCCAAUUAUUAGAUUUCUUGCUGUUAACAUCCUGAAACUUUGUGAUUUGGUAUUUAUCAUAUGAGGACAUCAUCAAACUAUAAAAAAAAAAAAAAAAGCAGAAAUGUAUCAUAUGGAACCGAUAUGAUUGUCAGUCAGAUAGAACAGGGAAUCGUGUCAGCUCUAUACAUUCUAGUUCAAUACAUUCAACGUUAAGUGUUUCACAUCACUCAAUACAUCCCCUGAUUUCUCCUCCUCAUUGGAAUCAUUCCCAGUGAUGAGCUCAAAAUGCAAGUUUGGAAUCCUGUGGCUUUGAGAUGAUUCCACAGCGAUGAUGUCAUAGAGGAAACCAGGAAGUUUGGAAUGGAAGCCAGAUGUUCCAAAACAGUUCCAUGCAGUUAGUGUUUAUUUUUACGGUUGUUGUGUGUUGUCGCCAACUCUCAACUCGGCUGGUUUUGAUCAACCAGGCAAUGGGAUAGCAUUAGAAAAAAACUGUUAGUAUUUUGUAUCUAGUAUAUUUUUGCAAAGCUAGUUUUGACGUUGCUUCCUGUUUUCUGCCGCUAGUCCUUCACCACAGAGGAAGAAGGUCCUGCCCAGACCAACGGAGAAGUUACUAAACCCGUCACCAUCGUGACGAGAACAGGUGAGCCUCCUCUCAGGUCUUGUGGUACUACAAUGUCUUUACAGCCACAUUUUGCCAGCAUGAAUUGAAAAACUAACUUGAUCGUCAGGGAUUGAUUGCAGUACGUUAAAGGUCCAAAACAGUUCCCAACUGAUUUCCUUCUUUGUUGCAGAUGAAAACGCAGAACCCGCGGUUUGCACAGCGACGGCCGCCGAAACCCCGCCUCCAGUGUCGGCAACUCCAGAGCCUGCCACCGCCACUGUCCCACUGGAGGACAAACAGGAAACCGAUGGCCAGGUUGCCCCGCCUACUGAACAGGUCGUCAGCGAAUCAGCUGCCCCCAUGGCGGGAAUGAGGGCCGAGGUGCCCAUCCCACCAAGGGAAGACCAGGCCCCUGCCCCCUCCCCCCUGGCAGCUUCUACCUCCCCUCCCCCUGCAGAGGUACAGACUCCACCCCCCGCCACCACCAUCGCUCAGGCCAGCCACACGGUGGGCACUGGUAUGACCCCCGCGGUGAUGGUAGUGACCCCCGAAGGUCCUUCCACACAGGUCGAGCCUCUGGCUGCCCCAGCAUCUGUGGAGAAGCCUCCUGCCCGGGUAGUGGAGGAGGUAGUGGUGGAGAAGAAGGUAGAAAAGGUCAAGGAGGAGCCUGCAGUUAACACCAAUCCAGAGGUAGUGGCGGCUGUUGCGGUGGCGUUCGCAAAAGAAGACACUAAACCUGCUCCACGACCUGUGACCCCCAUCGCUAUGGCAACGGUCAACGAUUUCGCCCCGUCCUUGAAGUUGGUGGCGGCUGUGGAAGCUCCCACUAAAACUGACAGCGUGGUGUUGCCGCCAGCGCCUAAACAGAAAGCCGCUGUUCCCGUGACUGAGCCCGUCUCUGCCCCCGCUCCUGCCGCCACUCCCUCUGUCCCGGAGGUGGAGCCUGCCGUGGCCCAAAAGGUGGAGCAGCCGCCCCUGUCCAACGGCCUCCCCCAGGAGGACCCCGACGAGGUAGACGCCCCCGUGGCUGCACUAGAGCCUACCGCAACGGCAAUCACAGAGCCUGCCACUCCCCCACCUCAGGAAACUUCUAACCCUGCGGCUGCUGCAGUGGCAGAGGAGGAGGAGGAUGCAUCCCCAGUGCCCUCGUCCAGCAGCCCUUCAGAGGACACGUCUAUGCAAGGUAAGAGGGACGUUUUCUUUCUGGUCAGGUCACUUGGUCAGGAAAAACUAGCAUGUGCACCAAGGUUUUGGUUUGGCUGAGGCACCCAGAGGUUCUUCGUGGUGUGGCUUCAGGUUUUGAUGUAAGAACUUUAAUGUAAUGCUCCUGUCUUCUCUCUUCUAGCUGCUGUGUCUGUGCCAAAGAAGAAGAGGAACAUGAAGGAGCUGAACAAGAAGGAAGCCAUCGGAGACAUGUUGGAUGCCUUCAAAGAGGUGUGUCUGCGUUCGUGCAUUGAAUAGAGCGGCCUUAUGAAGUCAGAAACUAUCCUAAACAGUUGUCCGUGACCACCUUUCAAGGUGCACCAGUAGUAAAGCUUGAAAACGUGUAAGAUUGUUACUUACAGCACUGCAUGGUAUCUGCAGCCAGCCGCUACUCCGGUUGGACUGUUCAUUAGGGUUGGGCGGUAUCCACAUUUUCAUAUAGUCUUACCGUCCUUCUCUUAUCCCGGGAUCUUCUUGGGUAUGACGUUACAAGCUUGGCACACCUGUAUUUGUGGAGUUUCUCCCAUUCUUCUCUGCAAAUCCUCUCAAGCUCUGUCAGGUUGGAUGGGGAGCAUUGCUGCACAGCUAUUUUCAGACCAAGAUUUUUAUUUGUAAUACAUGUUUUUGCUUUGUCAUUAUGGGGGAUUGUGUGUAGGUUGAUUAGUGGCAAAAACGAUUUAAUCCAUUUUAGAAUAAGCUGUAACGUAACAAAAUGUGGAAAAAAUGAAGGGGUCUGAAUACUUUCCGAAUGCACUGAAUAUGGGUAGAAGCAGACAGGGCCAAGAACCAAGAGGAGAACAAACGCAAGGAAAUCAGGAUAGCACUGGCAGCUGUACAGAACUCAUCCAAAGCGCUUUGACUUCUCAAACACGGCAGAAAGCUACACUAUAUGAGGCCCGUCUCUUUAUUAAUUCAGCCACUUACUUAGAUAACUAGCAAGUUAAACAAAAUUAAUCGCUGAACUCACCUUUUACCGGUUUCUCCCGUUGUGCUAUUUCCAAACAAACACGUGACUGGCUCAACUGUUCUGGGGAACUACGGUAAGAUGCACAAUGUAAUAUAACUGAGUGAAAUUAAGAACGCCAUCGGCUUCAUAUCCUAACGUAUUGCACAAGUUGACUGCAGGUAAUUACUUAAAGUAGCUACAAAUAUAACAAUUUAUUCAACUUAAAAUAAAUAGUUUCAAAUGUAUUGAAAAACCAUCCCGUGGCUAUUUCCAAAUACCCCGGUAUACGGUAUACUGCCCAAGCCUACUGUUCGUUAGUCAGUGCAAGAGCAACUCUGCAUAUGGCAUCGUUGGUCUCCAUGUCUCUGUGCCUGGAGCCCUGGUAUGUCUGUCGAGACAAACAUUUCACUUCCCAGCAAGUUUAUCAGUAAGCGUCCGAUUUGCCAAUUGAAACUUGUAUCUUCAAAAGAGAAGAAGGGGGAAAAAGGACUGUUACUCAGCAGUGUUUUCCACUAGCGUCGGCUAAAUGGCCGAUUAGACUCAUUUUCAGCCGGCUCCUUUUUCCACUUGAAUUAACUAGGCUACUUUUCAAUUUGAUAGUCAGAAAAAAGUCUGCCGAGCCCUCAUGAACGAUAUGCAUCUUCUAGCGAUCUAUUGAUAGGACAGACUCCUGUCAGUCACAAAGUGAGCGCUGACAGGGAAACACUGCUGGUUUGACAGUCUGCCGUCUGUCCUGCCUCUCGGUACCUGGGUGUGUGCGCUGUGGUUGCAGUCACAUUUCUUUACACGGAGGGAGAGGGCAUGAUGCUCCUUCGUCUCUGUGAUUGAAUUUGCACAUCCAAUAUAAUGUGGUAAUAAUGAAUCGAAAUCCACUUAACCUAUUUACUGGCACAUUCAUUUAUUUUCUUUAGCUUGUUUCAUAUGCAGCCACAGAGGGGUGGCGCAUGGGCUAUUUACUGUGCUUUGAUUUAUUGACUAGCAAUAAGCUUGACUAGUUUAUUAAAGGUGUCGAACUGACUGAAUAAAGUCGAUCUCGUAUCCUUGCCAUUCAUAAAUCAUAGAACAAAGUUACACUGAGUGUACAAAACAUUAGGAACACCUGCUCUUUCCAUGCCAUAGACUGACCAGGUGAAAGCUAGGAUCCCUUAUUGAUGCCACUUGUUAAAUCCAUUUGAAUCAGUGUAGAUGAAGGGGGUGAGACCGGUUAAAGAAGGAUUUUUAAGCCUUGAGACAAUUGAGACGUGGAUUGUGUAUGUGUCAUUCAGAGGGUGAAUGAGCAAGACAAACGAUUUAAGUGCCUUUUGAACGGGGUGUGGUAGUGGGUGCAAGGCGCACUGGUUUGAGUGUGUCAACAACUACAACGCUGCUGGAUUUUUCACGCUCAACAGUUUCCAGUGUGUGUCAAGAAUGGCCCACCACCCAAAGGAUAUCCAGCCAACUUGUCAACUGUGGGAAGCAUUGGAGUCAACAUGGGCCAGCAUCCCUGUGGAACGCUUUCGACACCUUGUAAAGUCCAUGCCCCAACGAAUUGAGGCUGUUCUGAGGGCAAAAGGGGGUGCUACUCAAUAUUAGGAAGGUGUUCCUAAUGUUUUGUACAGUCAGUGUAUUAUAUCCAUGGUAUCGCAUCGUAAACUAAAGAUCUCGUUUGUAUUUUCGAUAUGAAGUCCAUCAGGACUUGCCAGACAGUGACGUUAAAGUGAAUGACUCGUCAGUAGCCAAUCGCAUCGGUAAGAGAGACGUUCAGUUGGCUCCCUAAUUUGCAUACUGGUAGUGUUUUUGGCAAUUAUUUGUGGAUUAAAUUAUGAAAACAUUAGACUAAGAUUGUGAAUACCAUAUACAGUGGAGGAAAAAAGUAUUUGAUCCCCUGCUGAUUUUGUACGUUUGCCCACUGACAAAGUCAUGAUCAGUCUAUAAUUUUAAUGGUAGGUUUAUUUGAACAGUGAGAGACAGAAUAACAACAAAAAAUCCAGAGAAACGCAUGUCAAAAAUUUUAUAAAUUGAUUUGCAUUUUAAUGAGGGAAAUAAGUAUUUGACCCCUCUGCAAAACAUGACUUAGUACUUGGUGGGAAAACCCUUGUUGGCAAUCAGAGGUCAGACGUUUCUUGUAGUUGGCCACCAGGUUUGCACACGUCUCAGGGGGGAUUUUGUUCCACUCCUCUGCAGAUCUUCUCCAAGUCCCAUUUUCUAUGGGAUUAAGGUCUGGAGACUGGCUAGGCCACUCCAGGACCUUAAUGUGCUUCUUCUUGAGCCACUCCUUUGUUGCCUUGGCUGUGUGUUUUGGGUCAUUGUCAUGCUGGAAUACGACCCAUUUUCAAUGCCCUGGCUGAGGGAAGGAGGUUCUCACCCAAGAUUUGACGGUACAUGGCCCCGUCCAUCGUCCCUUUGAUGCGGUGAAGUUGUCCUGUCCCCUUAGCAGAAAAACACCCCCAAAGCAUAAUGUUUCCACCUCCAUGUUUGACGGUGGGGAUGGUGUUCUUUGGGUCAUAGGCAGCAUUCCUUCUCCUCCAAACACAGCGAGUUGAGUUGAUGCCAAAGAGCUCGAUUUUGGUCUCAUCUGACCACAACACUUUCACCUAGUUCUCCUCUGAAUCAUUCAGAUGUUCAUUGGCAAACUUCAGACGGGCCUGUAUAUGUGCUUUCUUGAGCAGGUGGACCUUGCGGGCGCUGCAGGAUUUCAGUCCUUCACGGCGUAGUGUGUUACCAAUUGUUUUCUUGGUGACUAUGGUCCCAGCUGCCUUGAGAUCAUUGACAAGAUCCUCCCGUGUAGUUCUGGGCUGAUUCCUCAAAGUUCUCAUGAUCAUUGCAACUCCACGAGGCGAGAUCUUGCAUGGAGCCCCAGGCCGAGGGAGAUUGUCAGUUCUUUUGUGUUUCUUCCAUUUGCAAAUAAUCGCACCAACUGUUGUCACCUUCUCACCAAGCUGCUUGGCGAUGGUCUUGUAGCCCAGUAUAAAGUAUAAAAGACACCUGGGAGCCAGAAAUCUUUCUGAUUGAGAGGGGGUCAAAUACUUAUUUCCCUCAUUUAAAAUGCAAAUCAAUUCAUAACAUUUUUGACAUGUGUUUUUCUGGAUGUUUUUGUUGUUAUUCUGUCUCUCACUGUUCAAAUAAACCUACCAUUAAAAUUAUAGACUGAUCAUUUCUUUGUCAGUGGGCAAACUUACAAUAUCAGCAGGGGAUCAAAUACUUUUUUCCCUCACUGUAGGUACCUGCUUCAUUUUUCAAUCAUACCUGUAUUGCAGAUAGCUGAGAAAAUGCCUCUUAAAAGGAAGCUUGAAGCCUGUACUUCUGUGGGUCAGUUGCUAAACAAAUAUUUUAUUUAUAGAUGACAUGCUGCAAUUCAGAAUUGUCGUUCUAACUCUUCUCUUAAUACGUAUGGACCCAGAACUUAAUUGAGCAUCUGUUCUGUUUAUUUUAGACCCAUUUAUUCAUUAGAAAAAUUGCCCAUUACACAAUUUGUUUGAUUUUGUAAGUCGCUCUGGAUAAGAGCGUCUGCUAAAUGAUGAAAAUGUAAUGUAAAAUGUAAUUUUAAAAUUGAACCUUUAAUACCUUUUUUUCAAGGUAAAUUACAGAAUUUGAAGAACAAACAUAAUUGUGGCAAUUCAUAUCUUGCAAUAAAAUACUUUAAUCUCAAGAGAAGGCAGGUUAAAGGUCAUAUUGGCCUAGACAAUAUCCAAAACAACUAACAAUACACUGAAUUCAUACAUUUUCAGUAAUUUAAAUUGUAAACACAAUACCACAACAAAUUAUUCCAAUCUGGGACGUAAACUCAAUAAAGUAUUCAACAAUUUCACUGUGUAUUUCGGAUGGAAUCAAGGCAUUGGAAUGAACUAGAGGCCACAAAUAGAGCUUGUUCUGCAAAAAUGUCAUAACCCAGCCCAGGGGAGCCUGGCUGGCUACUUUUUCUAUUUGGCUGGCUACUCCAUGUGCUUGUGGAAAACACUGGUUACUCACCCCAAAUCCCCUAACCUUAACCACAAAACUGACUUGAGGUCAGCAUGUAGGGGUCUCAACUUCCUUCUACUCUCUUACCCUUCAAUCUUCCUGUCCCUUCUCCCCUCUCUCGUCCAUACAGGAGAAGGAGGCGGCACCCGCCCCCGAGCCCUCGUCAACUCCGGCAAAGCCCAGCCCUGUGGCCCCUCCCUCCGUGGCGCCCGCUGAAGCUCCAGACGAGACGUGGGAAGAGAAGGAGGACAAGCAUAACGCCGACACGCCCCCGCUCAAACCGGGCGACCUCAAGUACCAGUACAAAGGAGGUGGGUGGCCCCUUAGAAAUUACUGAAGAUAGCAGUCAAGUCAUGGCCUCCCGAGUGGCGCAGUGGUCUAAGGCACUGCAUCGCAGUACUAGCUGUGCCACUAGAGAUCCUGGUUCGAAUCCAGGCUCUGUCGUAGCCGGCCGCGACCGGGAGACCCAUGGGGCGGCGCACAAUUGGCCCAGCGUCAUCCAGGGUAGGGGAGGGAAUGGCCGGCAGGGAUGUAGCUCAGUUGGUAGAGCAUGGCGUUUGCAACGCCAGGGUUGUGGGUUCGAUUCCCACAGGGGGCCAGUAUGAAAAAAAAAAAAAAAAAAAAAAAUGUAUGCACUCACUAACUGUAAGUCGCUCUGGAUAAGAGCGUCUGCUAAAUGACUAAAAUGUAAAUGUGACAAUGAAUAGCUAAUAUUCGUUGAUUGAUUCUUUGUGAGAGGUAUCCUAAUUUUUCCCCUCACUUGAAAUGUCUCAUCGUUGAAAUGUGCAAUGAACUGUCUGUUUCUAUAACCACGGAUUUUAUGCGAGUCAAGUCAUAGCGUAUAAAAAUAAAUCGCAACAGCAGUGAUGGAAACACAGCUGUUAUCGACAGACAAUAUGUUCGUUUGAAAUGGUGGGAUCUUUUUGUCGGUAAAAUGAAUUAUGCGACAAAUUGCGGUGGAAACAAUUUAUUGUGUGAUUGUUGAUAGAAUAACUAUAAUGCCGAGGUAAAUUUGCAGUCAUGCGAUGCUAUGUUGUGUGGUCCUCCCACUAUGACUUGGAAAAGCAUGCACAGUUUAAAGGGCUACAGAUUAAAUAAAUGAUGAUGAACUUCACAGGGUGGUGAAAGUACACGGUGAAGAGCUUGAUGCUCCUUUCCAAUAAAUAUUGAGGGUCUUGUGACAUGAUGAUCGCUGCCAGUUAACAAAUGAAUGAUCUUGCUAUUAUCCAUCUCAUCAUAAAACCUAACAUGUCCACUUUAUUAGCGAACUGUUGUCUAGAGAGCAUGCGCAAAAACCAGAUUGGGCAAGUUUGCCAUUUAUCGCAACAGUUUUUGUGACUAAACCAUCGAUAGAGUGGAAAAUGCAAUGGAAACGCAUUGAACUUGUUUUUUUAUUCGGUGCAUGAGAACUUUAGCGCAAAAGUGUUCUAUGUGCACUAGGUCAUCGCCCAGCCUUUUAUCUGGAAACAAACCUCUGGUGGGAAAAUGGACAGUUUGUUAAUGCAGAUAUUAUAAUAUUCGCUUGAAAAUCUAUCGCAAAUUGGAUGGAAACCUAGCUACUGUCAAAGACCCCCAUUUACUCAUGUGUACGGCCAGCGUUAUCCCUAAUGAAAUACAUGUCUCUUCAAGAGUAGUCUUAUAGAUUUGGUUGGGUGUGUUACAACAACAGCUAAGCAGUAUAGAGUCCUUCGUAGCAAAUUCAACCAUUCAAACUCUCACACUCCCUUUUCCUCCGAACAGAGCAAUGGAAGCCUAUCGACCCAGAGGAGAAGAAGAGGUACGACAGAGUGUUCCUGCUGGGCUGCCAGUUCAUUAGUGCCAGCAUGAACAAGCCAGAGGGCCUACCUGUCAUCAGCGACGUGGUGCUAGAGAAGGUAAGCUAUACCAUCAAAUCAAUUCAUUUUAUGAUCCAGUAUGGUGACUUUUUAUAGGCAUCCAGUUAGAAAUGUAUUAUUCACAACUAAUAACGGUGCUUUGAAAUAAAAGCGAUUAUGCUCUAGUGCAAAUUUUAACACAUCUCCUAUCUCAAUCAGGUGCUUUUCUACUAUCUCUGUCCCAAUGUUAAUUUCAAUGUCAAAAUCAUAAGUACUUAAUUCUCUGUUUCUCUAUGUAGGCAAAUAAGACCCCCAUGCGCCCAGCAGAGCCUGGUCGCAACAUGAUGAACGCCGGUCCAGACUUCACCCCCGCCUUCAUGGGUAACCUGGGCAGACAGUCCUCCGGAGGAGGGGGACCACGGGGCCCUGGAAGGGACCAUAUGGGAGUGAGUAUGGCAGUGUGUUGGGUGUGUGUCAGUGCAUAAUUAGAGGACUCAUCUUUGCUAAAACAGGUUAUAGCCAUCCAGUGUCUAACUCUAUGGUCAGUGCAUAGAUAUCCUAUAAUUCAAGACCAAGAUGGACGAUUGUUUGGUCAAAGUAAUAAAGAUGCCCAUAUAGUGUUCUAUUUAUUUCUGUUGAUUCAGUGUGUUGUGUGUGUUCAGAGUGUGUUUUGUGUAUUUGUUAGGUAUGUGGGCUGUUGGUGUGUCAGUGUCUCUUGGAAAGCAUUAGUCAUAGUUCAUAGUACAUCAUAGUAUGUCACUCUCCAAAUGUCUAUCUAUCCUUCCUCCCAAAGUGUUCACUGAUUUGGAAGGAAAUGACUGGUGUAAUAAAUAUGGUGGAAACUCCCACUAGCCCAUGCCUCCACCAAUCCAAUGCUAUUAGAUUUGUGGGAAGUAGGGAAUGAGUGACUUCAGGAGAAAGGAGAUAUCAUUGCAUUCACCCUUUUGUCACGUGUUUCUUUCAAACAAAUUAUUUGAUUUGAUCAUCAACCAAUGAUUUAUUGUGAGCAUCUAAAGAUAACCAUUCAAUUGAAUACUGUUCUGACACUGCCAUUGAGUGGAACUGGCCCUGCUCUCUACCUUGUUGCUGUCUAAAGCUGUGCUCUGGUAGUGAAUGAUUCACAGCCCUGUGUGUUUGUAGAGUUCAUAGACCUCAUCUCCUCUACAUGAGGUCCUGACCUGUCCUUUCUGUCUCUCUUAUCUCUCUCUACCCCUCUCACCCACACCUCUCUUGCUUUUUCCCUCCUCCUUUCUCCCUCCUUACACCCCCCCCCCCGUCUCCCUCCCUCCCCCUUCCCACUCCUCCCCCUCCCCUCCCUCUCUCUCCCCUUACAAUUCAUCUCUCCUCUUCUCCACCUCCCCCAGCCCCCCGGACCGCGGCGCUCCCAGCAGGGCCAGCGUAAGGAGCCCCGCAAGAUCAUCACAAUCUCCUCAUCGCUAGGCGGCGACGUGGAGCUCAACAAGGCGGAGAAGGCCUGGAAGCCCACAGUGAAGAAGGCGGUGACCCAGGGCCGUGGGGCUGCCCCCGAGGAUGAGGAGAGCGACAACCCCGAGCAGGCCAAGACCCAGGAGCUGUUCAAGAGGGUCCGCUCCAUCCUCAACAAGCUGACCCCUCAAAUGUUCCAGCAGCUGAUGAAACAGGUCACAGAGCUGACCAUCGACACGGAGGAGAGGCUGAAGGGAGUGAUCGACCUGAUCUUUGAGAAGGCCAUCUCCGAGCCCAACUUCUCUGUGGCCUACGCCAACAUGUGCCGCUGCCUUAUGGGGGUGAGUGAAGCGACCAACGUUGUUUGGGCGUUCCAUGUUAGUCUUUUUCUGUCCAGUCUCGCUCUCGCUCUCUCUCUCGUGUGUUAGGACCACUGCAGUAUAGUGAUGGACUUUAAGAACUCAAGGAGCUGAGGACAAGCCUUCUUUCUUUCCUGUUAGCACUCUCUUGCAUAUUUGCUUCUGUCGUCAUCCUACUGGACAUAAACCAAACAGACCUUGAACUAAACUUGUAUUUUUCCUUGUUUCCUUUCAUUGUCUCUUCCCAGUUGAAAGUGCCCACCACAGACAAACCAGGAGUGACGGUAAACUUCCGCAAGCUGCUGCUCAACCGUUGUCAGAAGGAGUUUGAGAAGGACCAGGAUGAUGACGUGAUCUUUGAGGCCAAACAGAAGGAGAUGGAAGCCGCCAAAGAGGUAGGGGAUGAUUAAUUUCACAUUACAUUUUAGUAAUUUAGCAGACGCUCUUAUCCAGAGCGACAUACAAUUAGUGCAUUCAUCUUAAGAUGGCUAGGUGAGAACACAUCACAAUCAUAUCAAGUAAAUUUUUCCUCAAAAUAUUUAUCAUCAAAAUCAGUACUAGUGGGAAAAGAGAAGUGGCUUUUUUUUGGUGGGGGGGGGGGGAUUCAAUAUGUAAUAUUGAAAAUCGAUGCAGGCAUUCCUUUUUAAAAUUCAAGAUUCGACAAGCUAGUUUGAUAGACAACCUGUGUAAUAGAUCCGUUUCCAUUCCGUUUCACCCUCCAUGCACAAUAAAGCUUUGUGAACUUUCAAACUAACCUCGGACCUCUCUUCUCCCAGGAGGAGAAAGCCGGUCUGAAGGCGGAGCUGGAGGAGGCCAAAGACAAGGCGCGGCGGCGGUCGCUGGGCAACAUCAAGUUCAUCGGCGAGCUGUUCAAGCUGAAGAUGCUGACGGAGGCCAUCAUGCACGACUGCAUCGUCAAGCUGCUGAAGAACCACGACGAGGAGUCGAUAGAGUGCCUCUGUAGACUGCUGUCCACAAUCGGCAAGGACCUGGACUUUGAGAAAGCCAAGGUAUGUAGAAGAGAGAGACGCACACACACACACACACAUACACACACACAGUUAGAUGGACACAGGCACGCACACUCACUAAUACACAGGGACACACACACAGAAACAAACAUGCACUCACCCUGACAUAAUUUCCUUUGCAGAAAUGAGAAUGGCCACACACAUACACCCACCCCCAGUCUGACUGUCCCUCUGUCCCCCCCAGCCCCGUAUGGACCAGUACUUUACCCAGAUGGACAAGAUCAUCAAGGAGAAGAAGACCUCGUCUAGGAUCCGCUUCAUGUUGCAGGACGUCAUCGACCUCAGACGGGUACAACUACACCUCCCUCCAUCCCUCUAUACAAUGUUCUCCCUCUUUCUGUGUCUUCCUCGCUCUACCUCUCUCACUAUCUCUCUACCCCUCUCUCUCUUACUCUCUCUCUACCUCUCUCACCCCUCUCUCUCUCUCUCACUAUCUCUCGCCCUCUCUCACUAUCUCUCAUUUAAUUCAAAGGGCUAUAUAUAUUUAUAUAUAUAUAUAUAUAUAUAUAGAUAUAUAUAUAUAUAAUUAUAUAUAUAUAUAUAUAUAUAUAUAUAUAUAUAUAUAUUAUUAUAUAAUAUUACACACACACACACGUGGGGAAAAAAAGUAUUUAGUCAGCCACCAAUUGUGCAAGUUCUCCCACUUGAAAAGAUGAGAGAUGCCUGUAAUUUUCAUCAUAGGUACACGUCAACCAUGACAGACAAAUUGAGAAAAAAAAAUCCAGAAAAUCACAUUGUAGGAUUUUUAAUGAAUUUAUUUGCAAAUUAUGGUGGAAAAUAAGUAUUUGGUCACCUACAAACAAGCAAGAUUUCUGGCUCUCACAGACCUGUAACUUCUUCUUUAAGACGCUCCUCUGUCCUCCCCUCGUUACCUGUAUUAAUGGCACAUGUUUGAACUUGUUAUCAGUAUAAAAUACACCUGUCCACAACCUCAAACAGUCACACUCCAAACUCCACUAUGGCCAAGACCAAAGAGCUGUCAAAGGACACCAGAAACAAAAUUGUAGACCUGCACCAGGCUGGGAAGACUGAAUCUGCAAUAGGUAAGCAGCUUGGUUUGAAGAAAUCAACUGUGGGAGCAAUUAUUAGGAAAUGGAAGACAUACAACACCACUGAUAAUCUCCCUUGAUCUGGGGCUCCACGCAAGAUCUCACCCCGUGGGGUCAAAAUGAUCACAAGAACGGUGAGCAAAAAUCCCAGAACCACACGGGGGGACCUAGUGAAUGACCUGCAGAGAGCUGGGACCAAAGUAACAAAGCCUACCAUCAGUAACACACUACGCCGCCAGGGACUCAAAUCCUGCUGUGUCCCCCUGCUUAAGCCAGUACAUGUCCAGGCCAGUCUGAAGUUUGCUAGAGUACAUUUGGAUGAUCCAGAAGAGGAUUGGGAGAAUGUCAUAUGGUCAGAUGAAACCAAAAUAGAACUUUUUGGUAAAAACUCAACUCGUCGUGUUUGGAGUACAAAGAAUGCUGAGUUGCAUCCAAAGAACACCAUACCUACUGUGAAGCAUGGGUGUGGAAACAUCAUGCUUUGGGGCUGUUUUUCUGCAAAGGGACCAGGACGACUGAUCCGUGUAAAGGAAAGAAUGAAUGGGGCCAUGUAUCGUGAGAUUUUGAGUGAAAACCUCCUUCCAUCAGCAAGGGCAUUGAAGAUGAAACGUGGCUGGGUCUUUCAGCAUGACAAUGAUCCCAAACACACCGCCCGGGCAACGAAGGAGUGGCUUCGUAAGAAGCAUUUCAAGGUCCUGGAGUGGCCUAGCCAGUCUCCAGAUCUCAACCCCAUAGAAAAUCUUUGGAGGGAGUUGAAAAUCCGUGUUGCCCAGCGACAGCCCCAAAACAUCACUGCUCUAGAGGAGAUCUGCAUGGAGGAAUGGGCCAAAAUACCAGCAACAGUGUGUGAAAACCUUGUGAAGACUUACAGAAAACGUUUGACCUGUGUCAUUGCCAACAAAGGGUAUAUAACAAAGUAUUGAGAAACUUUUGUUAUUGACCAAAUACUUAUUUUCCACCAUAAUAUGCAAAUAAAUUCAUUAAAAAUCCUACAAUGUGAUUUUCUGGAAUUUCUUUUCUAAUUUUGUCUGUCAUAGUUGACGUGUACCUAUGAUGAAAAUUACAGGCCUCUCUCAUCUUUUUAAGUGGGAGAACUUGCACAAUUGGUGGCUGACUAAAUACUUUCUUUCCCCACUGUAUAUGGGUUUAUCAAAAUUGGAUUUGUUUUCUAAUUCUUUGAUCUGUGUAAUCUGAGGGAAAUAUCUGUCUCUAAUAUGGUCAUACAUUUGAGGUUAGGAAGUGCAGCUCAGUUUCCACCUCACUUUGUGGGCAGUGUGCACAUAGCCUGUCUUCAAUUGAGAGCCAGGUCUGCCUACAGCGGACUUUCUCAAUAGCAAGGCUAUGCUCACUGAGUCUGUAUAUAGUCAAAGCUUUCCUUCAUUUUGGGUCAGUCACAGUGGUCAGGUAUUCUGCCACUGUGUACUCUCUGUUUAGGGCCAAAUAGCAUUCCAGUUUGCUAGUUUUUUUGUAAAUUCUUUCCAAUGUGUCAAGUAAUUAUCUUUUUGUUUUCUCAUGAUUUGGUUUGGUCUUAUUGUGUUGCUGUCCUGGGGCUCUGUGGGGUAUGUUUGUGAACAGAGCCCCAGGACCAGCUUGCUUAGGGGACCCUUCUACAGGUUCAUCUCUCUGUAGGUGAUGGCUUUGUAAUGGAAGGUUUGGGAAUCGCAUCCUUUUAGGUGGUUGUAGAAUUUAACAGCUCUUUUCUGGAUUUUCUGCUCUGCAUGCAUUAUUUGGUGUUUUACGUUGUACACUGAGGAUAUUUUUGCUGAAUUCUGCAUGCAGAGUCUCAAUUUGGUGUUUGUCCCAUUUAGUGAAUUGGUUGGUGAGUAGACCCCAGACCUCACAACUGUAAAGGGCUAUGUGUUCUAGAACUGAUUCAAGUAUCUCUCUCUCUCUCUCUCUCUCUCUCUAACUCUCUAGCUUUCUUUCACUUUUCCUUCUUCCCUUUAUUUGUCUUCUGUGCAAUAGUAUCAUUAACGUCAUGGCAUCACAGUAGUUACGAUAGUAAUUUACCAUAUGGCUCUAACGCCCCCCCCCCCCCCCCUGCUUAUCUUAGACUUUAAAGAGUCAUCUCUCACACCCCCUCUCUCUCUCCCUCCCUCCAGAGUGGCUGGGUGCCCCGGCGAGGGGAGCAGGGCCCUAAGACCAUUGACCAGAUCCACAAGGAGGCUGAGCAGGAGGAACAAAUGCAGCAGAUCAAGGUUCAGCAGCAGCUCAUGUCAAGGAACGACGGAGGUGGACGAGGAGGAGGUGGUGGUGGAGGAAGAGACGGGAGGGGGGGAGACAGAGACAGAGGAGGAAGGGAUCAGGGGGGCCGCGGGGGCCAGGGGGGAAGGGGCAGCCAGCCCCAGGACGAGGGCUGGAACACAGUGCCCAUCUCCACCAAGAACAGACCUAUCGAUACCAGCCGGCUCAGCAAGAUCACCAAGGUGAGGGGAGAGUUUCUUAAUGUUUAGAACUACUAAAGGAACCUGUGUUUUGACUACAUUACGAACACAUGGGGUUCCUAAUUCUGGGGGGAGAAUGUAAACAAAAGAGUACAUAUUGCCUUUUUGUGGAUCACAAGGAUGCUUUUUGUAUUUGUCAUUUAGAGCAUGACAAGGUGAAGAGUUGUGUUGUCAAUGCUAUUGCCUAGAUGUCAUCCUGGUGAACUUUCUUCACUUUAUUAGACAUUUUUCAUCAAUUUUUAUACCAAGUCAAGUCCAACUGAGAUGGAUAUCGUUUUGGUAUAUCACCUCUGCGCUCUUAACCUUUUUGAGCUCUCCCCCACUAGCCUGGUGCUCUGGACUUCAGCAACCAGCUCCUUGCGCCCCAGCUCGGGGGUAAAGGCAUGUGGGGCAGCUGGGGCAAGGGCAGCAGUGGAGGCACCACAGGAGCCAAGCCUGCUGCCGGAGCUGAACCAGGUAGGGACACAUACGGACGUUCAAACACGCUUAACACACGGGCAAGACUUAACAUGGAGUCGGGUAGAGGCCUACUUCAUACAAACCUCAAACACACACAGAUAUCCCUCACAUAAGGGAAAAACCUCAACAGAAAUGGCACACCUAUACACUCUUAACACGCACACACACACACACCUAUACACAGACAGUUAACACCUACCAUUUGUAUUAUGUGUGUAUUGACCUCUCGUUCUCUCUCUCUCUUUCUCUCUCUCUUGGUCUGUUCUCUAGCAGCGGAGACUGGCCGUCCGGCCACCGGCAACCGUUUCUCUGCCCUGCAGCAGUCUGCACCCCCAGCAUCCUCCUCAGACGCUGACCGCAGGGUACCCCAGAGGUAUCUUCCUGAUCUUUAUCUCCACUCCUCUUCUCUCUGCCCGACCCACUCACACAUCUACUUUCUACCCCUUUCUCUCUCUCUCUCCCCACUCUCUUCUCUUUCUCUCCCUUGUUCCUCUUUCAUAUCUUUCUCCUCCUCCCUCUCUCUCUCUCUCCUAUUUCCUCUUUCUCCUCUCAAUAAUCUCUCUCCUCCUCUCUCAUAACUCUCUCCUCCUCUCUCAUAACUCUCUCCUCUCUCCUCUCACUUCCUCCUCUCUCAUAACUCUCUCCUCCUCUCUCAAAACUCUCUCCUCUCUCUUCCUCCUCUCUCAUAACUCUCCUCCUCUCUCAUAACUCUCCUCCUCUCUCAUAACUCUCCUCUCUCCUCCUCCUCUCUCUCAUAUCUCCCCCUCUUCUAACCCUCUGUAGGUCCAGCUCCAGUCGUGACCGCGGCGGGGACCGGGACAGGUUUGACCGCUUCGAGCGGCGCGACAGCAGUCGUGAUGAGCGUGGCGGCAGUCGCGACACCCACCCCUCUAUCACCAAGCGCAGCUUCAGCCGUGAGACAGAGGAGCGUAGGAGCGAUAGUCGCACCCCUACGGAACCCCCUGUCCGGCACAUAGCCAGCAUGACUGACGACAGGGACCGAGGCAGCAGAGACCGAGGCAGCAGAGACCGGGGAGGCAGCGGUAGCCGGGACAGGGCUCCCAGCAAGGAGGCUGUUGGUAGGAGACUAUACACACACACACACACACACACACACACACACACACACUGCAUUCAGACACACACACACACACACACACACACACACACACACACACACACACACACACACUGCAUUCAGACACACACACACCACACACACACACACACACACACACACACACACACUGCAUUCAGACACACACACACACACACACAGUGCAUACACACACAUGCUGCAACACACACAUUGGAUGCACGCACGCGCACACACACACACACACACUUAGUGUAUGAUAUGUGUUAGUGUAUAAUUGUCUGUUAGUAUAUACUAGUGUGUUACUUUAUAUCUAUAAUGUGUGUGUUGUAUCUGUGCAGUGAAGCGUGAGACAGCCCCCACUCCUCCCCCCACUGCUCUGACCAAACCGACCAUGACCGAGGAGGAGCUGGAGAAGAAGUCCAACGCCAUCAUCGAGGAGUACCUCCACCUCAACGACAUGAAGGUACACACAGGCCACAGCAAUGACAUGACGGUAUACACACACCCAUAUCAAUGACAUGCGCGCACACACACACACACACAUCCGUUUCAUGACAAAGAUACACACACAUUCGGAGGCCUUAGCAAAGCUAACUGCCCUAUACUAAACCCCUGUCGUUCCCCGUCCGGCCCUGUAGGAGGCACUGCAGUGUGUAGUGGAGCUGAACAGCGCCUCGCUGCUCUUUGUGUUUGUGCGGAACGGUCUGGAGAACACUCUGGAGCGCAGCGCCAUCGCCAGAGAACGCAUGGGCCUGCUACUGCACCAGCUCAUCAAGGCUGGCUCCCUGCCCACAACAGAGUACUACAAAGGGUAAGGGGGGUGUGUGUGUAGUACUUCCCUGUAGACCAGGUUGUGUGCUAGGAGGGAGAGACAGACACGGGAGAGAGGGGGAAGGGCGAGAGAGGGUCGGAGAAGGGUGAGAGAGCGAGGGGUAGGGAGAGAGAGAGGGCUAUGGGGAGGGAGAGAGGGGUAGAGAGAGGGUGGGGGGGAGCGAGAGAGAUGGCUCUGGGGCGAGAGGGAUGGGUGGGGAGGGGUAGAGAGGGGUGGGGGGAGCAAGAGAGGGCUAUAUGGAAAGAGGGGAGAGGGGGGAAGAGCGAGAGGUAGGGAGAGCACGAGGGAGGAGCGAGGGGUAGGGAGAGAGAGUCGGGAGGCGGAGAGCGAGAGAAUCCUCCACACAAGAUAGUUUUCCAAAUAAAUUAUUAGUUUGCUUUGUUCACUGUUAGUGUGUAUGCUAUGAGUAAGGUUUUUUACCUGGUUGUGUGUUUUUUAUCAUAGGCUCCAAGAGAUCCUGGAGGUGGCUGAGGACAUGGCCAUAGACAUCCCCCACAUCUGGCAAUACCUGGCUGAGCUCAUCAACCCCAUGCUCCACGAGGGAGGCAUCCCCAUGGGACAGCUCUUCAGGUGA